AUGGUGGCGACGAAUCGAGUGCACAUGCGACUGGCGAAUGGCUCCAUUAUCUCUGAGGUGACAUUCAAUGGCAUCAACCGCAUAUUGACGAUAGUCACCGGCUCUCCCCACAUUGUCCGGAACUGGAUAAACACGACCCGCAGAUUCAACACGCCCAGUGCCAGUUCCGGCCAGCCCCAAGUGGUUGGUCUCGAGGUCUCUUGCGUGCCCGACGGGAAGAUUGUCCUCCUCCAACUAUGCGUCGGCGGUCGCUGCCUCAUUUACCGGUUCCAGCGCCCUUUGGAACCNCUCCUCCAACUAUGCGUCGGUGGUCGCUGCCUCAUUUACAAGUUCCAGCGCCCUUUGGAACCCUGUGGUGAGCUUCUUGCGUUCCUCGACAACAGCCAGUUCUGCUUCGUCGGGUAUGGUAUGGAGCAGGUCACCUACGGGCUGCAGAGGGAGCACGGCUUCUCGGUGAGGAAUACGGCGGACCUCGGCGACAUGGCGGCAAGUAAGCUGGGACGGGAGGAUCUGCGGCGGGCCGGGCUGGAGCGCCUGGCGAGGGAGGUGAUGCGGGUGGAGAUAGAGGAGCCGGCUGAAGUGUGGACGAGUAAUUGGAGGCGGCGAGACCUGAGCGACGAGCAGAUCGCCUACGCCUGCGCCAAGGCCUUCGUCGCCUCCAAGCUCGGGCAGAGACUGUUAGAUUGUUAG